GUGCUGGCAGAGAAGCGGAGCUUGGGCAGCAGGGACGGGCCCCCGCACCUCGUGGUUGUGGUGCCGCUGCACAGCGGGACUGCGGUCCACGACACCCUCCGCUUGCUGCAGAGCCAGGACUCGGCAGUUGUCCGUGUGGAGGAGGGGAAAGGCGGUGGCUUUGCGCUCCUCUGUCCCCGACUCAAGCAGCGCUGGCGCUUUGUGACAGCACAGGCAGGGGACCAUCACGCUGUCUUAGACCUAGCCAAGGUCGCUGACUCCCUCCUGUUCAUCCUGGAUCCUACAGAUGGUUGGGACAGUGCAGGAGAGUAUUGUCUGUCCUGCCUCUUUGCACAGGGGCUCCCCAGUUACGCUCUUGCUGUCCCAGGAGGCGCUGACUUGCCACCUAAGAAGCGGAUAGAUGCCAAGAAGAAACUUGCCAAAGCCAUAGAGAAGCGCUUUCCAGAGGCCAAGCUCUUCCCUCUGAACACAGAGCAGGAGUCCACGCUGCUGCUGAGGCACCUCGCCACCCAGAAGCAGCGGCACCUCGCUUUUCGGGACAGGCGGGCCCACCUGCUGGCCUAUGCUGCCGAGUUUGUACCCGGCCAGGAGAGCGACCUGGUUGGCACCUUGAAGGUGUCCGGCUUUGUCCGGGGACAGACCCUCGACGUGAACAGCCUGGUGCAUAUUGUGGGGCAUGGAGACUUCCAGAUGAGCCAGGUGGAUGCACCCCCUGAUCCCCUCUCUUUGAACCCCCGAGUGGGUAAAGGACAGAAGAGUCGUCAGGACAUGGAGGUACAGGAUGACUCUCUGAAUGGUACCGAUGAGAUGGAGGAAGACGUUAAGGUCCUGAUGAAGGCAGAUCCAAGCAAGCAGGAGUCUUUGCAGUCAGAAGUGGUUCCUGAUCCUAUGGAAGGGGAGCAGACGUGGCCCACUGAGGAAGAACUGCUAGAAGCGGAGGCUUCUCUGAAGGCCAGCAGGAGGGUGGUGAAGGUCCCCAAAGGCACAUCCAAGUACCAGGCUGCCUGGAUUGUAGAUGAUGGAGAAGAGGGUAAUCAGGAAGGUGAUGAUGAAGAUGAUGACAUUGAUGAUGACAUCGAUGACGAUAUGAUGGAAGAGGCAGUUUCCCAGGAGGGGGAAAGCAGCGAGGAAGAAGAGGAACCUGCAGAGGAGGAAUGUGAGACCAUGACCGUUUCCGAGUGCUUGCGGGAUGACCAGUAUGAUGAGAAGGUGGAGGAAGAUGAACAGAUGCUGGAGAGAUACAAACAGGAGCGAAUGGAUGAGAUGUUUCCAGAUGAGGUGGACACGCCGCGGGAUGUACCCGCCAGAGUCCGGUUCCAGAAGUACAGGGGACUGAAGAGCUUCCGGACUUCUCCGUGGGACCCCAAAGAGAAUCUCCCACGGGACUAUGCCAGGAUUUUCCAGUUCCAGGAUUUCUGCCGAACCAGAAAGCACCUCUUCCGGAAAAUUGAGAAAGAGGAGACUGAAGGAGCCUCAGUUGGCUGGUACGUGACGCUUCACGUCUGCAACGUCCCUGUCUCGGUGAUGGAGAGCUUCAAAGAAGGGAAGCCACUGGUCCUGUUCUCGCUGCUUCCCCACGAACAAAAGAUGUCCGUGUUGAAUUUCCUGGUGCGGCGACAUCCCAGCAACAGCGAGCCAGUGAGGGCCAAGGAGGAGCUGAUCUUUCACUGUGGGUUCAGGCGCUUCCGAGCAUCCCCCCUGUUCUCCCAGCAUACCUCAGCUGAUAAACACAAACUGGAGCGUUUCCUGCGCCCGGAUACUGGUCUGGUGGUGACUGUUUAUGCUCCCAUCACUUUCCCUCCUGCCUCAGUGCUGGUUUUUAAAGAGAGGAGUAACGGUAAUGACUGGGCUUUGCACGACCUCAUCGCCACGGGUUCUCUACUUUCCGUGGACCCAGACAGAAUCGUCAUCAAGCGGCUGGUGCUCAGCGGCCAUCCCUUCAAGAUCUUCACCAGGACGGCCGUGGUGCGAUACAUGUUCUUCAGCAGAGAGGAUGUGAUGUGGUUUAAGCCCGUGGAGCUGAGGACAAAGUGGGGUCGUAGAGGACACAUCAAGGAGCCGUUGGGGACCCACGGUCACAUGAAAUGCCACUUCAAAUGGACUUACGACCCCCAUGUUCCGGAACCCGUGCCGUGGGUGAGGAGUGAGAGCGUGCCGCCGGUGCAGGAGGUGGAAAUGGAAUGA